GUACGACUAGCCUGAACGACAUGUCGUUUCCAAUAAAGAUAAACGCUUUCUUCCGACAGGAAUGGUGCAAUUUUUUCUAUCCUUCCUCUCCCCCAUUUUUCAAUUCCUCAACCUGCUUUACCAAUUGCGUUCACUACGCGCUGCAAGUCCGAUUCCGGCCGUCCUCCACCGUCUGGAAGAUGCCGGCCGGCACCAGCAUUCACAUUUCAGCCCUUGACGGCAUCGUGAACGUCAACUCCAUGUUCACUCUCGCCGUCUUCUUGGGCCUGGCCUGGAACCCCAACGAUCCCACCAACAAUCUCGUCCAAAACCCUAAUUGCUUGGCCGCCCCCUCCAUCGCCGAGAAUCUCGUCGCCUUCCACGUCUACUCUUUCAGCUCCUUCCUCUUCUCCAGCUUAAUCGCCCUCGGCCUCAAGCAGGCCAUACGGAUCUCAAAAAGCCCCUUCUAUCACCCGACCGAGUUCUUCGUCCGCGUCAACAAAUCGGCCCUUCGGAUCGGGAUGCUGAUUUCGGGCAUCGGAUCGGUUUGCGGCUGCGGAUUCCUCAUGAUGGCCCUAAUUAACGUCGUCCAGAUCAAGCUCGGCACUCUCAGCUGCGGCAGCUCUCAGACUUUCGCGGCGGUGGUUCCGCUUGUGAUUUUGGUUCCGAUUGCCCUCAUUAUUUACAUCUGUCUUGUUUCCUACGCUUUUAUCAAUUAGACGUUGCGAAUGCGUGUCCUGAAUAUACGACUCUUGAUUUCUAUUUGACAUUGAUUUGUGUCGUUGUGUAUGAUUCUAAUUCUACUAUUUCAGUAUUGCUAUCACCAA